AUGGCAAUGCGGACACCGAUUCUGAUUAUUGUCUUGAGGAUUGUUGUCUUGAGCGUUCGGGGCCAUGUACAUGCAAGGGAAAGGAGCACUGAAGCUGCAAAUGUUGUUGGAGGUAGUUACGUGGCUCGGGAGUAUGAUUCCUAUGCAGACGGCGAUUCUGAUGAUUGUCUUGAGCUUAAGGAGCUAUCUGGGGAAGAGGAAGUCCCUGUAACUGCUUUGCAUAGAAUGUUGUUUGCUGAUGUACUUGAGGCUCCUAGGAAUUACAUUGAAGGUUCCGAGAAAAUACUUGAAGUUGGUGGUAAGUCUGUCAGCUGGCAUAGUUUCUACCUUGCUAUGAAGGGUGGUGGUUUCAUGGAUCCUUCUGUUAUGGAUGUUUUUCUUAAGUGCGUUGAUGAUGGUCUUGAUUUCUUAUUUAUUCCGAGCUCUUUGGCGCAUAUUCUUGAUGUGGAUGAGGCUGACCCUAUUCAUCUUGCUUGCAAGCUUUGCUUGAACAUGAUCUGA